AUGCAGUUUUCGAACAUGUCACUUGAAUCACCUUUUCUGUCAGAAUUUUUAAAUAUUCAGUUUCUUAAUCAAAUACCUUUCCAGUGUUAUCUACAUUUACCUUCACUUAGUUUUAAUCUUGAUAGUUUAUUUUACCGCCACUUCUUUUACAUUUAUAUAAGAACUAAUUCACGUCUGAUAAUGUGUACAUUACAUUGUAUUAAAUUGAAUAAGAACAGAUUUAUGCACCGAAUUACGAGUUACAAACGAAAGUUGGUGAAAUUAAGUUUACAACAACCUGCUAUUGAGAUAAAACUCACCAAUAACCUGAUUUCAUUACAUAUUGAUCAAACCCAUGCAGGAAAAUAUUUUUCAUUCAAUCAAAUAAUUCGAAAAUUUGUCAAAACUGAAAUUUAUUUUACAUUUGUUGUUUUUCUAAAUUAA